AUGAUUCUGUACAAAGACUCGUCUCUGGAGAUCAAAUACCGUCCGAAGAAAACCAAAGAGAAGGAGAGUGAGGAGAAGCCUGAGGGAGACGGGAGCUCCACCCCUCAGCCCAAGAUUGACAGGAGGCGGGGCUCACAGAUCAAGCGUUCAGCGCGGAUGUGUGGGGAGUGUGAGGCCUGUCUGCGCACGGAGGACUGCGCUCAGUGUGACUUCUGCAAAGACAUGAAGAAGUUCGGAGGUCCGAAUAAAAUCCGACAGAAGUGUCGCCUCCGGCAGUGUGAGGUCCGAGCCCGGGUGAGUCAGCUUUAUAAGGAGAAUAACUAA